AUGGCAACUGAGGCAAUUUCACGCAGGGGUUUGUCGGUUCGCCUCGAUUCACAGUGUAAACCAACUGACAAGCCAUUUAACUCCAAGGUAUGCAAUUAAUCUCCGUACUAUUAUUUCAUAGUCAAGUAUUCCAGAAAAAGCCGUGCCCACGGAUAUCCAGAGAGUCGUCGUAGACAAGGAAAAUGAAAAUAUAAAAACAAAGCUUAAAAAACACACCAAUAAACUGACUAUUUUUAAAGACCCCCCUUCCCUUGCUUGUCCCCACUGUGGUCACAGGAAAUCCAAACAAGAUAGUUCUGUUGCCACGAAAACAACUUCCAGUCAGACGGAUAGAUCAGGUUCACCUCUGUGCGAAUGGCUCUGCUCAGGUAAGCUUCCGAAUUUCGCCGAAGAUAAGUUUUUAGAACGACCUCCCAUCGAAUACUGGAUGGAGCUAGCUGAGCAGAGGCGACAAGCUCUUACCGAGACUCUUGAAGAAAACAAAGAGGCACGCGCGUACCAUUCUUACAUUUAUUUUCUGUAGCUCUGCGAUUUGGUUGUAAAACUGAACGAAGAGAUUGAGAAGCUGAGUAAAAUUGCAGAACACGCCGAAAAUUUUGCAAAAGCUAUUCAGGUAUUUCUUUAUUUCCUUGCGAAGAUCAAUUCCGCUGCGAGUCGUCGCACAAGCGGGACUUGAUCGAGCUAAGUCGAUCUACCAUUUAAAAAUUUUCGAUUUGACAGACUGCUUGACAGCAGUUUGUGCACAUGUUUGCUGUGUCAUUUUCACAGACGGUCAUGCAAACGUCCACAGCAGAACCUUGACUGGUUUGCCCACGGAAACUUCAAAUACUGACCAUCUUUGAAUUCCCUCACUCUUUAAACCAACUCCUAACAAAGAGGCCAGUUGGCUUGUUGAAUGAGAGAUGAUAAGCCUAGCUCUCCUUCCCUAGGGAAGCCGAAUGAAGUCAACUUCUGGUUAUAUGCUGUCGAGACUUCCGCAUCGCCACGCAAACUCGGAUGCCGUUCGCUCGAAGUCGGUGUCGGCAUUGCUCGCCGGCAUGCCACAUUUCAAGUAGCCUCUGUAACUACGGCCCACCCCAGCAAUUUGGCUUACAACAACAGUAGUAAACGCGCUGUGAUAAGCUUAAUGUCGCAACAUCUGGUGUCUCAAGAUUGACUUCAAGCCCAGCAAAUGCCCAUCAUGUCAACUGCUUUACUCUCUACCGUACUCUUUAAGGUCCGACCAAGCCGCUGACCACUGGUCACUUAGUGUCUGACUCGACGGUCGUCGGUCCGUAUACAGCAUUCCUCUUUUAGAAGCCAAACGUUGUUUCACCGGAAGCUGAUAAUCGCACCGAAUCCAGUUAAACGCCUACCCCAUGAUUAAUGGAUAGGUUUGUCAGCGAAGCAAGUGCACGCCGAUGCACCCACUUUUCAGCCUGAUAGCGGCGGCAGUAAUACAGUGGCUCGAGUCGUUUGGACAUUUUCAUCGUAUUCUGAUAACAUCCCACUGGCAGCUGAGUGGUAAUGCGGUGGUGGCUCUGUUUAUUGGUUUGACCCUUUUGCUACUUUUCGGAUUAGCUGAGACGGCGCUAUCUGUGUCUGGCACACGACCUGUUUUCAGGGAAUUGGAAUCCCCAAGCACCCUGGAACCUUUUCCGAUCUAAAAGUCUUCUUAUUCAACCGUAGGAUUCCUGUGCAGAUUGCCAAUAAAUUCAUCGCACCCAACAUGCGGCCCAAAAUCGUUGGAGCGCGUGCAUGUGUACACAUUCCGUCGCACUGCUGAGGACCCUGCUGUAUGAGAGAAGACAGAGACGGCUUACGCACUCAGGUCGCAAACGGCGUCAGUAGGAACUAGCAGGGUUUGAGUUCGAUAUUCUCAGGGCAGAAGGUGCUACGUCGUAGCAGAUGUCGACACAAGGAUCGGAUCUCUGAUGGAACGAGUUUUAAGAGGUAACGCGUUUUAUACGACACGACCGCGAUGAAAAUGUGCGAGACUCGAAAUGCAUCUCAACUAACAAUGUUACGACGAGGUGCAAUUUUCCAAACAAAGGCUAGUUCUUUACUCCAUCUUCGACUAUAUAAUGGCCAGGUUGCGAUGAUAGCUUACUGAUAGGCCGGAUACUCCCGCCAAAGAGGCAUUCUACGCAACCCCUAUGCUCAUUAAACUUGACUUCAACUGCUGUCAAGUUCGAAGGCAUCCAUUGGCGUCCACCAUCCAUGAAAGACCUUCAUCGUCUUCCGCCUCGAUUUCGGGGUUGCUGCGUCGAGGCGUUUAAGAGGAAGUCAGAUCAAAACCUGAAUCGAAAAAGUCGGCUAAGAUAUGCACGGGGCUCGUGAACCAUCGGUAUUCGGUCUCCGUUGCUGGAGAAAAGAAAGGGCCGAGCUCUCCCUAUCCGUUGCCGUAGAUUGUCACCCGUGGAGAGUUACAAUCCGCGGCGUCAUGUAGGCCAGCUAGUAGCACCAUUUGCGGUGAUACUUGAUACGAUAUUGAAACUAACAAACAACAAACCACUUUAGAGAACUGCUUGUCUGCAGAAAUCUGCAUGGGUGGUGGCCGUACACUUACUACUUGUGGCCGAAAUUUUAGAUUCAGAGACUGUUGUGCAGAUCAGAGUGACACUAUUGCUAUGCCGACCUUCAGAGAGAACCGCAGGGAAUUGGUGAGUGUCAUGGCAUCAUUCUCCCAGACGUCGCAAAAGUCAUCGCAGUUAUCGUUUACCACCGAUAUCCCUAUUCAUGAGAAGUUAGUCCAUGCGGCCUCCGUUAGAGGGCGGGGCGGCAUUAAUAAAAUUUUUGUUUGCCACUUGGAAACCCUCGGACACCGUAACUGCCAAUUAACUAUCAUACACUUAGUGAACCGUUCUUUCGAGUUUGACUCCGUUCAUCUUUACGCACACGAUUCGACCAUGACUUCUCUAAAAUAGGGAAUUCAUUUGGGUUUAGUCAAUCCAGGAGCAUUUGAAGAUGAAAUCGGAAGCUGUCUCUUUUAAGACGAAUCUUAGAUUGCUUUGCUUCUUAGAUUUUAGAGUUGUUUCUAAAUUCCCGUAUUUUACGGACUGAAACGGCGGUUCACACUAUCUGAAGAGCCGGCCGAAACCCGUUGCUCGGCGUUCCUGGUACUUGUUACGCUUUAACCAUGCUUUAUAUGAGUGGCCCAGUGAUGUCACCGAUUGGGUUUCUGUGAGCUAUGGUCAGUGACGUCAGAUCUGAAAAGCCUGACUCAUUUUCGAGGGCCAACUACCGUAGGACUGAGAACGACCCCAAUGUCUUGGCGAAACAUAUCAAACCGAAACAGACCAGAUUAACAUAAACAUCGGUCUCCGUCGUUGGCGAAGGGAAUGGAUUGAGUUGUCUAGAUCUGCUGCCGCGGAUCGUCAUGCGUGGAGAGGUACAAUUCGGGACAUCAUCGAGGCCGGCUAGAUCAGGCUUGAUCGCAGCCGUAUCAAGUACAAGUACAACAUAAACGAGAGUCGUAAUUCCAAUCUGAGGCGCUCCCUGGCAAGCCAGUUUACUCCAUCAACUUUAGCGUCAUAGUUAUUCUGCUUUAUCGGCUGCAAUCGGCACUGGUUCCACCUCAAAAAGUGACGCUGACCGAUUUGACUUUUAUCAAACCAUUUUUGAUUGGAUACACCGAUUCAGAAUAAGUUAACAUAUCAGGAACUUAGGAUGAGUAGAGGAAGUUGUUGGGUUUCAUCGGAGCGUGUUACCAUGUAAAGCUAGAAUAGUAUUCCUUAUUUUCUUAACUGUUGACAGUUAUCAAUUUCCAAGAUUACACGUUUCGUAUUCUUUUUAAACAGGAGACGAAUCCCAGCAAUACAGAAGAACAGGAAAAUCAGUAG